AUGUCGAGCCACGCGCAACAAGCCCCAGCCAGCACAAGGCAAGACUAUCUCUCCUCUCCUUAUCAUAUUCGUUUCGAAGCAAUUGAGGGAAACUGUCUCUACCGCGCGGCCAACUCCAACAAGACUGCCGAGCAGAGGAUCCAGUGCCAACAGGCCAUGGUUGGCUCACAGCUUCGACGCAUUGACGAGUCUCUUGGCCAUAAUAACAAAGAACCUACGUCUGUUCCUGGUGGAGCUCAACCUCAGCGGGGACUUGUCGACGAUACUCUGCAAGGCGUUGGCUCGCAGUUUGACGGCGCGUAUAGUCCCAUCCAGGGGACUCCGGGCCAGGGUCACCUAGGACGUGACUAG